UUCUGGCCAUGGCCUCUGACUCUCCAAAAACUCCUUAUUACCAAAAUACUAAAAUUCUCUCCCUCUCAACACCAUCUUCAUCUCGUGGCUGAUCCAUUUUUAGGGUCUCCGUAUAAGUUUCUGAUCAUUCAUUUCUAUGGUUUAUGAUGAAUUCAUUGCUUUGUUUUUUGCUAAGUUUUUCAUUUUGUUUUGCUGGUACUCUUUUUCGGAGUUGAUCACUAGUGUUCCUGAUUGAUUCCUUCGGUUGUUACUCAAUUUUCUCAAAAUUUUAACCAGUAUAGAUUUUCAGGAGCACUUUCCGGGGCUUUUUGAGGAAUUUGUUGGUUCUCUCUUCAAUUCCCACCAAAUUUAAAUCAGUACGGAUCUGCAGGGUCGCUCUCUAAGCUUUCUGAUUUAUUUCGGGGUUUUCUCCAUAAUUCUCUCCAUUCAUAACCAGUGAAGCGCUCUCUGGGGUUUUGUGUCACUGGCUUUUCUCUCACUUUUCUCCAUUAUCCAUCUCCAAAACGAUUUCUGAUCAAUUGCUAGCGUUUCCUCCCAAAUCCUUUGCGUUAUUUUGACCAGUAUCAAUCCAUGUUACCACUCUCUAGCCUUUCUGAUCGCUUCCUCCCAAGGCCUCUUCAUUAUUUACCAGCAUCAAUCCACAGCACCACUCUCUAAGGUUUCUGAGCAAAUUCUAGGGCUUCAUCUUGUAUCCUCCAUUGUCCAACAUUGUUUUAUCUCGAGAACCAGGGCUUCAGGAACAAAUCUGGAGGAAUUUGCAAAAACCGGCAGCCCUGGGGGCGAAUCAGUCUCAUCGUGGCCCCUCGGCAAAGCCGGGCUCUGGUUUUUGGUUCCUUUUUAGACCUAAUGCUCAGAAAACCCAUUACCUCCAAUUUCUCCCUCAAAUGGACUUUGUUAGUCGCCAUGCCACUUCUUCAACUGAUCAACCUUCUUCUAGUGAGGCCUCUUCAGGCCCUGCACCUGCAUCUGAAGAGCUCGAGUAUCUUGCUAGGUAUAUGGUGGUGAAGCAUUCAUGGAGGGGUCGAUAUAAGCGCAUACUGUGUAUUUCAAACACUGCAAUCAUAACGCUUGAUCCUUCAACGCUUGUUGUGACGAAUUCUUAUGAUGUGUCGAGUGAUUUUGAGGGGGCAGCACCAGUCUUUGGACGUGAUGAUAACUCACAAGAGUUCUCUAUUAGUGUUCGGACAGAUGGCCGGGGGAAGUACAAGGCGAUCAAGCUCUCUUCGAGGUUUAGAGCAAGUAUUUUGACUGAAUUACAUAGGACAGGGCUGACCAGGAAUGUCAGUCAAAACCAUAGGAAUCCUGCAUUAGCUGAAUUUUCUGUUCAUCACCUGCAACGGAGGACUUCUGAGUGGGUACCUUUUAAAUUGAAAGUUACGGUUGUUGGAGUUGAGCUUCUGGAUGGACGAAGUGGAGAUUUGCGUUGGUGCUUGGACUUUAGAGAUAUGGACUCCCCUGCUGUAAUACUGUUAUCUGAUGGAUAUGGAAGGAAAAGUACCGAAGCAAGAGGUUUUGUUCUUUGCCCCUUAUAUGGAAGAAAGUCUAAAGCUUUUCAAGCUGGUUCGGGGAGCACAAAUACUGCUAUUAUAGCUAGCCUGACAAAAACUGCAAAAUCCAUGGUUGGAUUGUCAUUAGCUGUGGACAGCUCACAAUCCUUGACUACUGUGGAGUUCUUGAAACGACGAGCAAAAGAUGCUGUUGGAGCUGAGGAAAAUUGGUCUGGAGGAUGGUCAGUGACAAGAUUACGAACUGCUGCCCGUGGAACAGCUAAUGUUCUGGGAUUAAGUUUGGGAAUUGGACCUAAAGGUGGACUCGGCCCACAUGGAGAUGCAGUAUCUAGGAAGCUUAUUCUUACGAAGGCUUCCCUUGUUGAAAGGCACCCAGAGACCUACGAGGUGGUUAUUUCCCGGCCUUUAUCUGCAGUGAGUUCUCUCGUUCGAUUUGCAGAGGAGCCGCAGAUGUUCGCAAUUGAAUUCAGUGAUGGCUGUCCUAUUCAUGUUUAUGCAAGCACUUCUCGUGAUAGCUUGCUGGCAACUAUUUUGGAUGUGUUACAAACGGAAGGUCAAUGCCCAAUUCCUGUAUUACCAAGAUUAACCAUGCCUGGUCAUCGGAUUGAUCCUCCUUGUGGGAGAGUCUGUUUGCAAUCUUCUCAAUUCUCAGCUGGUCCGCAUCGCGCUAUUGCUGAUAUUGAAGGUGCCUCCAUGCAUUUGAAGCAUCUAGCUGCUGCUGCUAAAGAUGCUGUGGCUGAAGGUGGUUCUAUUCCUGGUUCAAGAGCAAAACUAUGGCGGAGAAUCAGGGAGUUUAAUGCUUGUGUAACUUACAGUGGGGUGCCCCCAAGCAUAGAAGUGCCUGAGGUAGCAUUGAUGGCCUUAAUUACCAUGCUUCCAGCUACCCCGAAUCUUCCUCCAGAGGCUCCACCACCUCCACCUCCUUCUCCUAAAGCUGCUGCAACUGUAAUGGGAUUUAUCGCUUGUUUGCGAAGAUUGCUUGCUUCAAGAAGUGCGUCUUCCCAUGUUAUGUCCUUUCCUGCAGCUGUCUCAAGAAUAAUGGGUCUUUUGAGGAAUGGCUCAGACGGUGUGGCUGCCGAGGCAGCAGGGCUUGUUGCCAUGCUCAUUGGGGGGGGUCCUGGGGAUUUAAAUAUUUUAAUGGACUCAAAGGGAGAGAGGCAUGCAACAAUAAUGCACACGAAAUCUGUGUUAUUUGGGCUUCCAAAUUAUGCCACCAUUCUUGUCUAUAGGUUGAAGCCUGUGUCGGUGUCGCCUCUAUUGUCAAUGGCUAUCGUAGAGGUCCUUGAGGCUAUGCUUUGUGAACCUCAUGGUGAUACAACCCAGUUUGCUACUUUUGUUGAAUUGCUACGUCAAGUGGCAGGCUUGAAACGCCGCUUAUUUGCUUUAUUUGGACAUCCUGCUGAAAGUGUGAGAGAAACAGUUGCUGUUAUAAUGCGUACAAUUGCCGAGGAGGAUGCCAUUGCAGCAGAGUCAAUGCGUGAUGCUGCAUUGCGAGAUGGUGCCCUGCUAUUGCACUUGUUGGAUGCAUUUUCCCUCUCUCCAGGUGAACGACGUGAAGUUAGUCAACAACUUGUUGCUUUAUGGGCUGAUUCUUAUCAACCUGCCCUUGAUUUGCUAUCAAGAGUGAUUCCACCUGGACUUGUUGCUUAUUUGCAUACACGUUCUAAUGUGGUUCCUGAAGAUGAGCAAAUUCAGCCUAAUCAAGAUACACCUUUUGCAAGAAGACGAGAGAGACGCAUUCUUCAGCAAAGGAAGGGUCGGACAGUGAGAGUUCCAACUUCUCAAGAGCAUGCUCUGUCUUCUCUAAAUGAUGUUGAAGUGGGUGAUUUGGCAAGACAAAACAUUUCUUCUGGCUUGAGAACUGUAGAGAAUGUUCAAAAAUUCAGUGGAGGUUCAAAUCUUGGACCUGGUUCUGGACCUGUGUCUUCUGUAGGUCCUGGGGUUAACGCUACAAAUGAAGCAUCCUUAACAGGGACUAUGCAGCAGCGAGAUGUCUCCCAGACCAUGCUGCCUGCCAGUUCUGGAACUGCUGAAUCACAAGCAGUUGAUACAAAUGCUACAGAUACGGCAGAUUCUGAUGUGAACACAGUUGGGAGUGCAAAUACAACUGUACCUGCCCCUGCCCAGGUUGUUAUGGAAGAUACUCCUGUGGGAUCUGGCAGGCUACUCUGCAACUGGCCUGAGUUUUGGCGUGAAUUUGGUCUAGAUCACAAUCGUGCUGACCUUAUAUGGAAUGAGCGAACGAGACAGGAACUGAUAGGGGCUUUGCAGGCUGAGGUUAAUAAAUUGAAAAAAGAGAAAGAACGCACUGAAGAUAUUGUUCCUGGUGUAAUGACUGAGCCAAUGGCCGGGCAAGAUAAUGUAUCUCUGAUUUCAUGGAACCAUAUAGAAUUUUCAGUUUGCUACCCUAGUUUAUCCAAAGAAGUAUGUGUUGGUCAAUAUUAUCUUCGACUUUUGCUUGAGAGCAGCUGCCAGGCACAGGAUUUCCCUCUACGUGACCCAGUUGCAUUCUUCAGAGCAUUAUAUCACCGAUUUUUGUGCGAUGCUGAUAUUGGUCUCACUGUGGAUGGUACUGUACCAGAUGAAUUGGGUGCGUCUGAUGAUUGGUGUGACAUGGGAAGGUUAGAUGGAUUUGGAGGAGGUGGAGGGUCUUCUGUCAGAGAGCUUUGUGCAAGGGCAAUGGCAAUUGUCUAUGAGCAGCAUUAUAAAACUAUCGGUUCUUUUGAUGGUACUGCCCACAUCACAGUUUUGUUGGAUAGGACAAAUGACCGAACUUUAAGGCACCGAUUACUUCUUCUUUUGAAGGUCUUAAUGAAAGAUCUUUCAAAUGAAGAGGCUUGUGUCUUGGUUGGGGGAUGUGUGCUGGCUGUAGAUCUUCUGACAGUUGCUCAUGAGGCUUCAGAACGAACUGCGAUUCCCCUGCAAUCUAAUUUGAUAGCUGCUACUGCUUUCAUGGAACCACUAAAGGAAUGGAUGUUUAUUGACAAAGAUGGUGUCCAAGUUGGACCUCUGGAGAAGGAUGCCAUCAGAAGGUUUUGGUCAAAGCAAGCUAUCGAUUGGACCACCAAGUGCUGGGCUUCUGGGAUGAAUGACUGGAAGAGAUUAAUUGACAUUCGCGAGCUGCGUUGGGCCCUAGCACUUCGUGUCCCUGUUCUCACUCCAAUGCAGGUUGGUGAAGCUGCGUUGUCCAUCAUGCAUAGCAUGGUAUCUGCUCGUUCUGAUCUAGAUGAUGCUGGAGAGAUUGUAACUCCCACUCCGAGAGUGAAAAGGAUAUUGUCAAGUCCUAGGUGUCUUCCACAUAUUGCACAGGCUAUGCUAACUGGUGAGCCAAGUAUCGUUGAAGGUGCCGCUGCUUUGCUGAAGGCUGUUGUUACUCGCAACCCUAAGGCAAUGAUUAGGCUUUACAGCACUGGUGCAUUUUACUUUGCUCUAGCAUAUCCUGGGUCCAAUCUUCUUUCAAUUGCGCAACUUUUCUCGGUGACGCAUGUGCAUCAAGCAUUUCAUGGAGGGGAAGAGGCAGCUUUGUCAUCAUCGCUACCUUUGGCAAAACGCAGUGUACUUGGAGGCCUUCUUCCAGAAUCGCUUCUAUAUGUUCUUGAUCGCAGUGGACCGGCUGCUUUUGCUGCUGCUAUGGUGUCUGAUUCUGAUACCCCUGAGAUCAUCUGGACACAUAAGAUGCGAGCAGAGCAUCUCAUUCGUCAGGUCAUGCAGCAUCUUGGGGAUUUUCCACAAAAGUUAUCACAGCAUUGUCAUUCAGUGUAUGAUUAUGCACCUAUGCCACCAGUAACAUAUCCAGAGCUGCGAGAUGAAAUGUGGUGCCACCGCUAUUAUCUCCGCAACUUAUGUGAUGAAAUACGAUUUCCAAAUUGGUCAAUUGUGGAGCAUGUAGAGUUCCUACAAUCAUUAUUGGUUAUGUGGCGUGAAGAGUUAACUAGACGACCUAUGGAUCUAUCUGAAGAGGAAGCUUGUAAGAUAUUAGAAAUAUCCCUGGAAGAUGACCCAUCUGGAGAUGAUUCUGGCAGCAGACAACAUUCCGAAUCAGAUGAUGAGAGCAAUAAUAUCUCCAAGAAAAUUGAAAAAAUUGAUGAAGAAAAGCUGAAACGACAGUAUAGGAAGCUUGCUAUGAGAUACCACCCCGACAAAAAUCCAGAAGGAAGAGAGAAGUUUGUUGCAGUGCAGAAGGCUUACGAACGUUUGCAGGCUACGAUGCAAGGCCUGCAGGGUCCACAACCUUGGAGAUUGUUGCUUUUACUUAAGGGGCAGUGUAUACUGUACAGGCGCUAUAGUCAUGUCUUGGAGCCAUUUAAGUAUGCUGGAUAUCCAAUGCUCUUGAAUGCAGUAACAGUGGAUAAGGAUGACAACAAUUUCCUAUCCUCCGAUAGAGCUCCUCUCCUUGUCGCAGCAUCCGAGCUCAUUUGGUUGACGUGUGCGUUUUCCUCAUUAAAUGGCGAGGAACUUGUUAGGGAUAGCGGCAUUCCACUUCUAGCCACUCUUCUUUCACGUUGUAUGGGUGUAGUUCAGCCAACUACUCCUGCAACUGAACCAUCUGCAGUGAUUGUGACAAAUGUGAUGCGCACAUUCUCUGUCCUCUGUCAAUUUGAAGAUGCCAGAACUGAGAUUCUUAAUUUUGGUGGAUUAGUUGAGGAUAUUGUUCAUUGUACUGAACUAGAGCUCAUUCCAGCAGCUGUUGAUGCUGCUUUGCAAACUGCUGGUCAUCUUUCUGUAUCAUCUGAUCUGCAGGAUGCGUUACUAGGAGCGGGCAUUUUGUGGUACCUGUUACCUCUACUUCUUCAGUAUGACUCCACUGCAGAGGAUGCUGAUGUCACUGAAGCACAUGGUGUUGGUACUAGUGUGCAGACUGCUAAAAAUAUGCAUGCAGUCCGUGCAGCUCAGGCCCUUUCAAGGCUUAGUGGUCUCUCUACAGAUGAUAUUACUACCCCCCAUAAUGAGAUUGCAGUGGCUGCACUGCGAUCCCUGUUGACUCCUAAGCUUGCUGAGAUGCUUAAACUUCAAUUGCCUAAGGAGCUUUUAGCCAGCCUGAAUACAAAUUUAGAGACUCCAGAGAUUAUCUGGAACUCAUCUACCCGGGCAGAGUUAUUGAAGUUCGUGGAUCAGCAGCGUGGAAAACAAUGCCCUGAUGGUUCAUAUGACAUGCAGGAUUCCCUUGAUUUUUCAUAUGAAGCACUCUGUAAAGAACUCCAUGUUGGCAAUGUAUUUUUGAGGGUAUACAAUGAUCAACCUGAUUUUGAGAUAAGCAGCCCAGAGUAUUUCUGUGUUGCUCUUCUUGAUUUUAUAUCAAAGUUGGUAUCGAGUAAAAGAAACAUCAUUGAACCUAAUGUCCAUGACCACUCUUCUCAUAAUAGCUCAGUUAUGGAAUCAUCUGAACCUCAAAGCAAGGCUGAUGAACAUCAAAAUAGUGAACAGCAAGACCAAGAAAACUCUGAAGUCUCCAAUAAAGAAGGAAUGCCUCUAGAAGAUAAUGGAAUCCUGAAGAACCUUUCAAUGGGGCUGACUUCUCUUCAGAAUUUGCUGACAAGCAACCCAAGUCUUGCUGCUGUCUUUGCUGCCAAAGAACAGCUAGUGCCUCUCUUUGAGUGUCUUUCUCUAACAUUUGUUUCAGACAGCAAGAUCCCUCAGCUCUGCUUUAGUGUGCUUUCACUCUUAACUAAAUAUGCCCCUUGUGUGGAGGCUAUGGUUGCAGAUAGGACGAGCCUUAUUCUUUUAUUACAAUUGCUUCACUGUGCUCCAAAUUGCAGAGAAGGUUCUCUUCAUGUUCUCUACUCCUUGGCUGGCACCCCUGAGCUGGCAUGGGCUGCUGCCAAGCAUGGUGGAGUCGUAUACAUUCUUGAGGUUCUCUUACCUUUACAAGAAGAAAUCCCAUUGCAACAAAGAGCAGCUUCUGCAUCCUUGUUGGGAAAACUUGUUGGGCAGCCAAUGCAUGGUCCCAGAGUGGCUAUUACCCUGGCUAGGUUUUUCCCCGAUGGUUUGGUCUCUGCAAUACGUGAUGGACCUGGUGAAAAUGUGGUUAUGGCUCUCGAACAGACCACAGAAACACCAGAGCUUGUGUGGACACCAGCUAUGGCUGCUUCUCUGGCUGCACAGAUUUCUACCAUGGCAGCAGAUCUUUACCGUGAGCAGAUGAAAGGGCGUGUUGUUGACUGGGAUGUUCCUGAGCAAGCAUCUGCCCAACAAGAAAUGAGAGAUGAGCCACAGGUUGGAGGGAUUUAUGUAAGGUUGUUCCUGAAAGAUCCCAAGUUUCCUCUGAGAAAUCCCAAGAGAUUUUUGGAAGGCUUGUUGGAUCAAUAUGUGUCAUCCAUCGCUGCUACUCACUAUGACACUCAACCUAUUGAUCCUGAGCUACCUCUGCUUUUAUCUGCUGCAUUGGUUUCCUUGUUACGAGUACACCCUGCUCUAGCAGACCAUGUUGGUUAUCUUGGGUAUGUUCCCAAACUUGUUGCUGCAAUAGCCUAUGAAGGGAGGCGAGAAACGAUGGCAACUGGUGAAGUACAUAAAUCAAACCAUGUUCGUUCUGAUGAAUUUCUUGAAGAUGAGAAUGGGCAUGCACAAAUGAGUGCACAAACACCACAGGAACGUGUUCGUCUAAGUUGUUUGCGUGUAUUGCAUCAACUAGCAGCUAGUACAACUUGCGCUGAAGCUAUGGCAGCAACGAGUGUGGGAACGCCUCAGGUUGUUCCCUUGCUUAUGAAAGCAAUUGGAUGGCAAGGUGGAAGUAUACUGGCACUGGAGACUUUGAAACGUGUUGUUGUGGCGGGCAACCGAGCGAGGGAUGCACUUGUCGCGCAAGGAUUAAAGGUUGGCCUUGUUGAUGUACUUCUUGGUCUCCUUGAUUGGAGGGCGGGUGGUAAAAAUGGACUUUGUGCUCAAAUGAAGUGGAAUGAAUCAGAAGCUUCUGUUGGACGAGUACUUGCAAUUGAGGUACUUCAUGCAUUUGCAACAGAGGGAGCCCACUGUACAAAAGUUCGUGAGAUACUAAAUGCUUCUGAUGUGUGGAGCGCUUACAAGGACCAGAAGCAUGACCUCUUCCUUCCAACGAAUGCUCAGUCUUCUGCUGCUGGAGUUGCCGGCCUCAUCGAGAGCUCUUCUUCGAGGCUCACUAAUGCUCUCACAGCCCCACCUCCACAACCCUCUCUUGGCAGGCUUUCUGCAGGAUCCACUUUGUCACCCAACGGAAAGCAGGAUCAUGAGCCCGAACCCUAGAAAACACGAGGCAUUUUGUGUAUACAUUUGAGCAAAGCAUACCAAGGAGUACAGCUUUUUUUCUUUUUCUUUUUUCACUGUCAUCUUAUCAUGUAUAGUUUCAUUGUAUAGUGUUGUUUUGGCAUCUCAUUGCUUCUCUUGUAUGGGAAAAUUGUAGCUUAUUGGUGCAAGAUGAACAUCCACCCGGAUAUUCAUUGUAACAUAUUGUGCUUCCAAUUUUAUUUGGCAAUAAGCAUGUGGCCUUUGAGGUGGAUUUGGUUCA